AUGUGGUGGGAAUGGGUCACAAGGAUCAAGUCGUGCGGUAGCGAUCUCCGCAAGCUCAGAGCCAUCGAUUCCCAUCUCCGCGCGAGCCCCUUUGCGAGCGACUCCAGGAUCUUGGGCCCUUUGAUCGACGCGUAUGGAAAAUGUCGGUGUGUGGAGGAUGCCCGCGCGGUGUUUGAUCGGAUUCCAGAGCCGGAGCCCAGCGCCAGGAAGUGUCUGUUUCAAUCGUAUGCGCUCAAUGGGUAUGCGCGAGAGGCGAAGAAGAUGUUCGAUUCGAUGCCGGAGAGGAGUUCUUCUUGCUGGAUCUCGCUGGUUCAAGCAUUUACCAAGAGCGGGCAUUCUAAGUUGGCGAAAGCCGCGUUUGAGAGGAUGGCGUAUCACAGCGUCAUAGCUUCGACGGCAAUGUUAGUGGCUUCCACUCAAAUGGGAGACUUCCAAAACUCCAGGAGAGUUUUCGAGUUGAUGCGGCUGAGAGACGUCGUGUGCUGGACUGCGCUGCUUCAAGCACAUACCCGAUGCGGGCAUCUUGACGCCUCCUGCGAGUUCUUCGAUCGAAUGCCGCAGCGGAACUUCUUCUCCUGGACUGUGAUGGUGAAGGCAUUUGCACUAGCGAGACACAUCGAACACGCGAAAUCGUUCUUCGAUCAAAUGCCGGAGCGAGAUCUCAUGUGCUGGAACGUCCUACUGCUCGCAUUUGCCGAGCGGCGGCACCUUGAAGAAGCUCGCGAGAUGUUCCAGCGGCUUCCACGCACUGAUCUCGUCUCCUGGAACUGCCUCAUCCAAGCCCUUGUCGAGUCGGGGAACCGAGCCGAGGCCCGCCACCUUUUCGACACACUCCCAGAGCACAACGUCGUCUCGUAUAGCCUCCUCGUCCUGGCCCAUGCACACGCAAAGGAACUCGACCAGGCCAAGGUGGUCUUCGACGCUAUGCCCGAGAAGGACGUGGUUGCCAAGACGGCCAUGGUACAGGCCUAUGCCAAGCAAGGCCAAAUGCUGCAAGCCACGGAAGUCUUCCACACCAUCCCGGUUCGCGACCGCGAUGACAAAUGCUCCACGACGAUGGUGGUGGCGUACGCCGAGAACGGGCAGCUCCAAGAAGCCCAGGCGGUGUUUGACGAGAGCCCCCAAUCGCCCAACGUGAUCGGCUGGACAGCGCUGAUAGCCGGGUAUGCCCAAGUCGGGCAUAUCGACAAGGCCGUGAAUCUCUUCCGGGCUAUGGAGCUCGACGGCCAGGACCCCGACGAGUUUGCUCUGUCCGCCAUCCUGGCCGCGUGUAGCCGAGGUGGGAAGGUCCGAGAGAGCCUCGAGAACUUCUGGUCCAUGAAUUAUGAUCGAGGGAUGGAGCCGGCGCUGGAGCACUACAAGUGCAUGGUGGAUGUUUUAGCUCGGUCCGGGCAGCUGCGAGAGGCCGAGGAUCUCAUCCAGAGCAUGCCAGUUCUUCCGGAUCAUAUCACCUGGAAGACGCUCCUGGGUGGCUGCUCGACUCACGGGGAUUUGUCCCGCGGAGAGAAAGCCGCCACUGAGGUGCUUGAGCUCAACCAGAAGAAGGCCGGGACGUACGUCCUGCUCUCCAACAUGCUAGCGAUCAAGGAGCGGCAGCAGCGGCAUCUGGAGAUCAUGGCAUGA